UGAAAUCUCAAGUCCAUGGAAAGUGUGAGUCAAUUUAACUGCAUAACACCGUUCAAGUUUGAAGACUUUAUAUGGCGCUUGUUUAGUUCGAUACAAACGUGUCGGCGACCUGACGUUUGGUUUCAACUAUGCCUGUUAGUAAGAAUGCAAAGAUCAGCCAGCAUGUUAAUUAUAGGAUUAGAUGUACCAUGCAAGAUGGCCGGCAACUAGUAGGGACGUUCAAAGCUUUCGAUCGUCACAUGAAUAUAAUAUUGUGCGAUUGCGACGAGUUUCGCCAAGUCAAAAACAAGACAGCAAAGCAAGACAAGGAUCGCCAGGAAAAACGGGCUCUAGGCCUUGUUCUUUUGCGAGGUGAACAUGUUGUUACUAUGAAUGUAGAUGGUCCCCCACCUCCUGAAGAUGCCGCCCGAGUUCCUCUCCCUACAGCAGGUGCUUGGUCAACUGGAGUUAAGCCAUUGACUGGUAUUGCUGUCGGGCGCGGUAUGCCCCUUGCGACCCCAGCAGCAGCUAUUGCCCCAGCUCCACCCGCUGGUUUAGGUGGGCCAGUUUGGGGAGUCGGAGCACCAGCACCGGGUCUAAUGCAGCCACGAGCGCUUCCUGGCAUGCCACCUCCACCUCCUCCCCCUGCAGGCGCACCAACUGCGGCGUUCGGUCGUGGAAUGCCAACUGUCACCGCUGUACGAGGAUAUCCUCCUCCUCCACCUCCACCUCCUCCUGGAUAUCAUUGAGACGCAAUCUGACUCAUGGUAUCUAUCCCAGAUAACCACUUAUUAUCGCGGAGAAGUUUUGUAAAAGCAUUUACUUGUUUCAAUAUACUUUUUUAAGCACUUUG